UUACCCCAUUGACUUUACUUUAUGACCCACCUCAACGUCAUUCCUUUCAUUUCCAACUCUUCUUUAAAUCACUAUCUGCCUUUCCCCCUCCCUUUCCUGGUUAGCCUCAUUCAAGAGAAGGGCUUUUGUGAUUGGACAGUAUUUAUAUCAAGUAGGUCCCAGUGCCACCUGGGACAAUGGUCUCCAGUCAGAUCCAGGUCAAAACAAGCAGAACCCAUCUACGGCUUUGCGUGAAUCGGUCUGAUCCAGAGGGGUCUGGCUCCUUCUGCAGGCAGGUAGACAGGGAAACCUUUAGGAGAACUAGCUGGCCGGAGAACAAGUACAGCAAGAUGCUCUGUUAGACAAAUAUUGGCUGCACUGGCUGGGACUCAGGUAACGCGAGAGACCCGUCACCGCCAACUGACAGCAAACAAACAACCCCACGGUGCUGAGAGGAACCUCCCAGAGUCAGAAAAGAACGGCCUUUCUCGUUUUUGGUUGUUAGCUGCCUGUAGCUGCACGGUGGAUUUAAACGUCAGCCUACGACCUUUAAACAGCGCGCGCGGUUCGGAGAAGACGCUUCUGAUGCCUUCAGAUAUGGAGGUGUUUGGCAGACUAAUUGAAGUUUUACAUGAAGAGCUUGUCUUCUGAAUGCAGUAGGACAACAACUUCAAGGACACCUUGCCUUUCUGUCAUUCAAUUACACCAGCAAAACUUGGACUGAAAAGUGAAAAAAUCUUUUUUUUUUACUUUUUGAGCAUUUUCUCUCCGUAGAGAGGCUUCAUUACCAGAUGAUGAGGACAGACCAUAAAGGCCGGAGUGCCUCCCCCCACAGGAUAACCUAUAAAUCCGACUUCCGUGCUAUCAAAUACUCAUUUGACACAGGAAACAUUUCACACGGGUCUUCUGCUGCCUCCCAUCGCACUGCUGCACAUCCAGACAAGCUGUUUUCUACCAUGUCGGAUUCCAUUAUGUCUCACACCAGCACCGACAGCGGCGGCAGAGGCAGGAUCCAAAGCACAAGGGGGACAAAAAUCCGAGAAAACAUCUUCCUUCAAAUGGACAAUCCACAUUCGAGACAAGAUGGUGCUCCGGUCCAAAGUUCAGGCUCCACGCCUCUCCUGCUUGUCCCAAAGCCCAACUCCCUAUCUCAAACUUCCCCUGUUUUUGGGUGCAGACGUUCAAUCAUCAGCUCUUCUUCUGUUUUGAGUUCUUUGACAUCUACCCAAGAAAAAGUUCGGGGAAAGAAACCCUCUAAAUCAGAGGAAAUAUCUGAUUUUGACAGAGCAGCUCUAGCUCAGAAGUUCUCUGUAACAAGAAGUUUGUUUGAGUCUAAAAUGAUGGAGGUUGGAGAUAAUGGAGUGCAGGCUUUGAAACCUGUUAUCAGAGGAAGCAGUGGCGCUGCAGAUGGAAAAGUAGAGGCGGAAAAGAAACUGCUAAGUGAGAGGAUGAAUCACACGGAGGAAAAUUGUUUAGAGAAACCCAAACCUGUAAAUCAGCUCAUAAAUACUGUGACUCUAAAACCUCAUGUAGUGAAGUCGGUGUCAAAGUGCUCUAAAUCUCCUGGAGUGCACGAACCUGAUGAAGAACCCAACAAAUCACCCUCCCAUCAUGGCGAAUGUGAUGAAACCACCACAACAACACAAACAGAGGCGGACGGAGGGAAAAGAGCUACUUUUAACCCCUUUUUGACUCCUGAUGAAACUCUGAGGGCAGAACGUGUCAGCAUCAAGAACGAAUCAUCUGAAAGUGAUGAAAACGAAGAGGAGAAAGUGUGGAAUGAGAAUAAACACUGGCUCAAGGGUGAGAUGAGCAUGUCUGUGAGCCAAGGGGAAGGAGACAAAGAGGUGGCCCUUGUAGAUGAAGUCUUCGAGGACAUCAUCGUGGACACAACACCAGAGCUGUUUGGAAAAGAAGAAGAUGCGCUGAUUGUUUCCCUGGAACACCCAAAGGAGUUAUCAGAAGAUGGGCACUGGAAAAAAAUGACUGAGCAUGACAGAAAAGACAUGUAUCAGCAAGUGAAUGAACGGAGGGAGGGUGAAAGGGAGGAGCAGAGCGCCAAGUCGAUUGCACAAUCUGAAGAGGAGUCAAUGGCAGAGGGAGACGAUGGGAAGAAAAACAUGGAGACAAAGUUAGGAGAAAACGUUCAAGGAUUGGAGGAAGUCAUUUUGCAAGAGGAAAAGGAGGAGGGGGAAGGUAGAGAAGUUUCAGAGCAAUCGCAAGGUUUAGAAGCAAAAGAAACAGCUGAGCUGCAGGAAGUGCUUGUAACUGAGAUGAAAAAUGGGAUCCAUAAAGGAGGAAGUGAUGGAACUGAUGGUGUGGGAGAGGAAGAGGACCAAAUGGUAAUCUCUGGGAUUGAGAACAAGGCCUUUGUAGACGAACAAGACACCCAUCUGGAGGUUUUAGAAGGUGAAAGUGCAGAGCAGGGAGACUCUUUGCAAAGUGAAGACCACUUGGAAGAGGAGUAUGAGGAAAUUCCUGGUGUGCCUGAAUUGGAUGAGCGGGAGGAUGAGGGCACAUCUGACAAUGUGAAGAGGAAGGUCAGGUUCUCCACUGCACCGAUCAAGGUGUACAGCACCUUUUCUAACGAGGAAUACGAUCGGCACAACGAGGACAUUGACCCAGUGUCUGCUUCCGCUGAGUUUGAGCUGGAAAAGAGGGUAGACAGGAUGGAUGUUUUCCCAGUGGAGAUCCAGAAAGGUGAGGAUGGACUGGGCAUCAGUAUAAUUGGAAUGGGUGUGGGAGCAGACCAGGGGCUGGAAAAAUUAGGAAUCUUUGUUAAGACUGUUACUGAAGGGGGAGCAACACAUAAGGACGGACGGAUCCAGGUGAACGACCAGAUAGUGGAGGUAGAUGGCAGGAGUUUGGUUGGCGUGUCUCAGCUAUUUGCAGCAACAGUCCUCAAGAACACUUCAGGGCUUGUCAAGUUUUUAAUCGGCCGGGAGAAGGAGGGAGUGGAAAGUGAGGUGGCACGACUGAUCAACGAAAGCUUGGAAAUGGAUAAAACAAAAAGCAAAAAGAGGGCAAACAGAAGCAGUGGGGAUGAAGACAUUGAUGAUACCACGGGAGUGAGGAGUUCUGUUGAGGAAGAGGAAGAGGAGGAGGAAGAAGAAAAAGAAGAAGAAGAAGAGGAGGAGGAGGAUGUGUCCCUUUUGUCCAGUCUUGACAACUACCAGCUCUGUCUGAAAUACCAGCAGCUUCAGGCAAAAAUACAUCGUCAAACAGCCCAGCUUCACUGUGCCAAAGAAAAGUUAAGAGCAUGGGAGGAGCAGCAAGCCAACUGGGUAAGCGAGAAAGCUGAGCUGCAGCAAAGAGUUGAGGAAGAGGAGGAGAAAGCUGAGAAAUUAGAGAAAUACUGGCAAGAGGCCCAGACCCUCUGCAGAGUCGUGAGUCAGCGGCUUGCUGAUGCACAGAACCAAACCGAGAGCCUGGAGGUCAAAUACAGCAAAGCCAAAAGGCUGGUCAGAGAGUACCAAAGCAGAGAGGAGGAGAUGGAAAAAACACUUUCAGAUUUGAGGAGAGAAAUGGAGGAUAGAGAAAAGCAACACAAAGAAACCAUUGAAAGACUGCAAAUGCAGGUGGGACAUUUAGAAAGAAUAGAGCCUGAUCCGCAAAUAAAAAACCAAUCUGUGGAGUCUUCAGCCACAGACUGGUAUGCUCCUCUUCCCAAUACGGGACGUCUGGACUCCAGCGCACACAUAGCCAGAGCCCAGCUUGCCCAGAAGUCUAAGCGCCAUCCACCUUCACGAGACAAGCUUCGAGAAAGUUUUAAGAAGCAGGAGGAAUGCGUCACAAAACCAGAGGAGGAUCAAUCCCUGCCUUCAUCUACAACGGUUCAAAGCAGCAGGACUGAACUGUCUAAUGCUAAUUCCUUCUCAAUACUCAGUCCUCAGCCUCCCACCAGCUCCCUCUCAACUCCUCCAAUUUUCAUCACAGACACAGAAGCGCUUUCUCCAUGUAAAUCCUCAUCCUCUAAAAAAUCAAAGAGGAAGUUUCCAGACUUUAGUGGCCUUCGCAAGUCUCUCAGCAGACGGACAGGUGAAAAAACCAGCAGAUCUGCAAACAGCAGGGGGUCCUGUGGUGACUUGGUGGAUGAGCCAGUGGAAGUUUCUCCAUCUGGCUCAGUGAGCUCUGUUCCUUCCUGCCUACGCCUUCCCUGGUUUGGAGAAAGGGGGAGAGAAAAAGCUGGAGAAAGGGAGAACAUCAGGGAGAGGUUACGGUCCGUUUCCAGCAACAGCUUGCCUUACCUGACAACCACAGGUAGAAGAGAUCAGACUAUUGGUUCUCCUGUGGGCAGCUCCAGCUUGGUGGGUCAUGUCUCUGAUUACUCCUUCUCUGGAAACUCUCAUACUUGCACCUUUUCCUCCUCUGAGACUUUAGAUGACUGUCCAGUUCCGAACAAUAACAACAAUCAAUGGCAAACCCGACCUGUGUCAGAGUGGAACAACCAGCAGGUUUCCCUGUGGCUCAUUGCCAUGAACAUGGAUCAGUACUCAGCUGAGUUUGCUGCAAAAGGUUUGGAUGGAUCACAGCUUCUCAACUUGGACAGUCAUAAACUUAAGGCUCUCGGUGUUUCUAGUCAAAGCGACCGCUCCAUCAUCAAGAAGAAGCUGAAGGACAUGAAGAAAAGAGAGGAGAAAGAGCAGAGGAAAGAGGAGAAAAAGCUAAAGGAGGAGGAAGAAAAGUUAACUGGACUGAGGGAGGAGGAGAGGUCUGUAAAGAGCAUCGGGCGCAGGGGCCAAACUGUUCGAACUGAAUCUCUUUUAUAGUUGACAGGCUGAAAGAAGUCAAAGAUGCACCACCAGCAUAAUGACUUUGUUAAACAUGUGCAACAAGCCUUUUUAUGAUGUGUAAAGGUCAAAUAUAUUUCAAUAGUUCUUCUCAAAGCUCCCCACUGGUCAAGAUAAAGGCGAAGUUGUGCUCAAACCAGUUAUUCUAGCACCAAAGUUAUAUUUCAUAGCGAAGCUGUGUAUUUAUAAAGUGGAAAGACUGUCUUACAGUUCUUUUUUUUAAAUUAUGAACUAUCUUUAGAAUGAUUUUAUUAUUUAAUGGUGUGCAGAUUCUUGCAUAUUUGUAUUUGCUGUAAAAAUUUUAUGUGUUAAUAAAUAAUACUCAAACCUUU